UGCGGGAGCUGGGCUGUGUGCUGGGGGCGGCUCGGGUUGUUCCGACAGCCAGGCUGGGUUAAAUGUGAGUGUGAAUAACCCCUCUUGCUCUCACCUGCUUCCCCUUCCUGAAAGUGAAGGGUUCAGAGCGAGCAGGGGCAUCUUCUGGGGAGGGCACCUCCAGAGGUAGAGGAUUUGGUCUGAUUUAGCCUGCCUCUUCUUUUUAUUUUUGGAGGGGAAGGGGGUCAGCCCCUGCUGCCUGCCCCUUGCUGCUUGCUCCCUGCUUGCCCACUUUGCCCAAGCUGUUUGCACGCUCCCAGCUUCAAUGCGUAAGCACCAGGCUGCCAAUGCUACCCCUGAAAGCAAAGGGUUGUGAAUGUGAGCUGGGGAGCAGCGGGCUCCAAGUGAAGAGCAGGAAGGUGUCUGGGGCAUGAAACAGGCUGAAAGUGGCUGCUUGUAAAUAUAGGUAGGUAGAGGGCUUGUACUUCAGUCCCUAAGCUUGGAAAAAAGCUCCAAGUAAUGCAAAUCGGGCUGGGUAUUUCGUGCCUCUGCAUUAUGAGCGUUAGGGAGUUGCUGAUGCUUAUGGUGCUUGUGAUUUUACCCGAGUUUUCAGCUGCUGUGGGAAUUUCCUUGACUGAAAGGACACAGCUAAAUAAUGCAGGUGAGAGAGAGGCAUUGGGAGCUGCCUGAUUUUAAAGGAGGAAGUGACCUACAUGAAGUGCGUGUGAGAAACUCGGCAGAGCCGAGCGGGAUGGUGCUGGCAGGCAGGUAGAUCGGCUGCCCGUCCUAUCCAGCUGCCCUUGAGCUUCAGAGAAGGCUGGAGGAGGACAUGCAGAAGGGGAUAACCGAGUAUUAGACUACUUUCCUCACAAGCAAGCGAUGGCUGUGGACGUAGCGAUGCAGCUGUACCUGUGCUCUUCACCCCUGCGAAGAGAGAGGUGUGCCUGCAAAAUUGCCCCAAAGCCAAACAAGCCGUUGCGGCCGUGCAUCCAGCUGAACAGCAAGGCACUGCUGACAGGACCAGAAGAGGCAGCAGACUCCUUCCCACACACCAAAGUGAAGAAGAAGGUGUCGUUUGCAGACAGUAGAGGCUUCGCUCUGACGAUGGUGAAGGUGUUCUCGGAGUUCGAUGAUCCCCUGGAUAUUCCUUUCAACAUCACCGAGCUGAUCGACAACAUCGUGGGUCUGACGACGGUGGAGAGGGACAGCUUUGUCCUGGAUUUUGUCCAGCCCUCUGCGGACUACCUGGACUUCAGAAACCGUCUCCAGACGGACUGCGUGUGCCUGGAAAACUGCAUGUUGAAGGAGCGGUCUGUGGUGGGCACAGUGAAAGUGAAGAACCUGGCUUUUGAAAAGAGCGUGAGGAUCAGGAUGACAUUCGACACCUGGAAAAACUUUGUAGACUACCCAUGCCAGUACGUCAAGGAUACAUACGGAGGGUCAGAUCGGGACACGUUUUCCUUUGACAUCAGCUUGCCCGAGGGAAUUCAAUCCCAUGAAAGAGUCGAGUUUGCCAUCUCCUUUGAGUGCAAUGGCAAAGUGUACUGGGACAGCAACAGAGGCACGAACUACCGCAUCAUACGGUCGGAACUGAAGUCUGCCCAGGAAGCCAUUUGCCCCCCGCGUGGCCCUGACUUUGGCAGUGCCUUUGACCAGUUUGGGAGCCCUCGCUGUUCCUACGGCCUGUUCCCUGAGUGGCCGAGCUAUUCGGGCUACGAGAAGCUGGGGCCUUACUAUUGACCUAAAGACCAAGUCCUGACUGUUGCUGGCGUGUCUGCAGGCCUGGGAGCCCAUCUGAAUAUGAGCUGGAAGGUGAAGGAAACGAGGCUCGUGCAGAGCUCUGCAUCAGCCUCCCAGCAAAAGCGCAGCGCUCUGCUGGCGGCUGGCUUAUAAUCAGGGACACCCCCGGUGUAAUGGGCUGCCUUCCCUGCCCGAAGUCAGCUAACUGGCUCUCCAGAUGCUCAAAGGAACAGGAGAUGUUGCUUGCCUGUCUGUUCAGUGCUGCUACUCCUUCCUCUUCUGUAAAGCUGCUACUCUCCAGGGAAACACUACAGUGCUUGUAUUGUGUGCCUAAGCUACGUAGUGAUGGCUGGCUCGUGUUGCUUGCUAAUUUUUUUUUUCCAUAAUAUGUUCUAGUAUUUUUUUUAAAGUGUGCUGUACUUCAGCUGCAGGGUUCUCCUUGCAAAGCUGGCCUGCGCCUGUCAGGGAAUUAGGAAGUGGUCAGCUUGUGGGGAGCAGUCAUCUUCUCAUGCACUUCCUCGUGCGAGGUCCUCUCUGCUCGAGGCAAGAAGGGUAUUUUUGGAAGCGAAAAUACAACUGAUGGUAAGAGGUGUAGCUUGCAGCCUGCUGUAUUAGGAGACAUAUGUGCCUGUGGGAGAGAAUCUGAUAUGCUUAGUCACCAGUUUUAUCAGCUGAUCUUGAAAAGCUUUCAUCAUAUGCUGGAUGUUACCAAAAAUAGAGAUUAGCUGUAGCUGUGCGGCGCUUUAACACGGCAGCGGGUUGACAGUUUUGACUGCUUUCCUUAAAACCUUCCCAUCUUUCAACCACAAGUGACCAAUGAUGCCUUUUUCCCCUCGAUGGACGUCUGAAGCCAGCUCUUGGCCUUGCUGGGCCCCGAGAAUGCGAGUACUUCCUUCUGUGAACUGUGUGGCAGAGUUUUUGCUGGGGCCCGGGGGCUGUGCUCAGGUGCUGUGGGAGCUGAACACAGAGCACAGCUACUCUGCCACGUCCCGUUAAGAAAAAAAGACUGAAAUGUGCCUACUGUGGUGGAAGUGCCUUGGCUGAGAGCGCGGUGGCACGCGUGGUCUCAGCAAGGGUUUGAGAUCAACAAGUUUUGGAAGUGAUGUUGCCUUUUUUUUUUUUUUUUAUGAUCCAGUGGUUUGUUACUCCGUGCCAUGGACUACCUGGUAGCUAACGGGGUGGUGGGGCUCACCUGCAAGGAAGGACACGAACCUGCUGUAGUGGCUGCUGCCAUUUCACCCCGUGAGUGCCCAAGCUUUGUGCUGCGCUCACCGUAGGGAGAUGAGGUGGCCAGCUUGUGGGGUGCCAACAGCCUCACACAGCUGCUCGCGUUACUAGUUGGGCGGAAAAAACCUUAAUCCCUCAUCUCAAAGGGAGGGUGCUGAAUAGUUAGUAGACGUAGAGGUCAAGGGAAUCUUAGUGCAUAAGCUUUAUAAGACUUUGGGGUGUCUGUAGUAGCCUCCGGAUAGCUGGAGAGUGGGGCUAGACUCCUUGUUAGCUCCUCAAACCUGGCUUUUAGUUGAGGAGACUACUGCAUGAGUUACUUCAGCUGUUUUACCCAAACCCGGAAGGGAUGCAGUGAUCGCUGUCGGAUGCUGGAAGGAACAAAAGGGCUUGCAGGAAGAAUAGCUGGCUUCCAACUGCUGCCUUCCCAACCUGACAUCAGUGCCUGUUAUCGCUCUGAUCGCUCACUCCAGGUGGUAAAUCUGCUUGCUAGCCCGGAGCUCGUUGGGUCUGGUUCCUCUCUUCAGAGAGCUUCCUGAGUCAGCUCUUCUCACCUGUGUCUCUUGGAGGGACUGUUGCCUAGCUUGGUUCGAACCUGUUUUUAAAAGUCUGAGCGACACUGAUGUAUUUUUUUUUUUUUGAUUUAGUGUGCGAUGCUAAUGCUGUAAGACACUGUAGAGAAGUCGUGCUCUCCUGGCAUGCUCGCGUGCCUCCCGAGGGCAGUUUGUGGGCUGGAACAAGGCAUGUAUGUCUGGGUGCUGCGCAUGGUGCUGUCUCCUUGGGGGCCUGCAUGCUCGCAGGCUGUGGAAGCGGUGUGCUUGGGGAACAGGAUGGAGGAUAAGCUAGAAGAGCAAUCCCGUAAGUAGAAGCUAGGCUGGGAACUGACUAUCUGACCAAUAGUAGUUCAAAGUUACUACUUGUGGCCUUCCCCCUCUUCCCUUUUUCCAUUGCCAAUGUGAACAUAGAGGUAAGGGGCUGCUCUCCUCACUCUAUGCCUGGAAGUGCCUUGUGGGGUUUUGUGCAUGUUUUUGUUUUUAAAAGAUAUUUUUGUACACAACAUUCAAGGGGAGAAAUGCACUUUAUAAUUGCGAUGUAAUGAGUCUUUUAAAAAACCGCGGUUCUGUUUUUAUCUGAUUGUUUAAAAUAAAGGUUGAAACCAUG